CGUCACCAGAUAACUCAACAGUUCGGCAGCGAUUUCUAUCGGUCUUUUUUAUUAAACUCCGCAACAGCAAAAGAAGCAUGGCUGAGCCGGUUAAAAAAGCCUCUGUCGGACGCGUGCGGUCGCGGUGGGGGCCUGCGCCUGUUUAUAACUACGACGAUGACUCGGACUGGGACGGCGAGGAUGAAGAGGACCAGGAGGACGACGAGUAUGCGUCUCCGCGGCGACAGGCACGAAGGAGCGUGUCGAACGAGAUCGGAAGCUCGCCCCAUAUCCCCGGCGGAUGGGAUACACCACCGGUGCCAGAGACCUAUGCGCCCGAAGCAGGAUCUGACGACGACGACGACGAUGUGUAUUCACCGCCUCUACUCAAGACUGGGUCAGAGUCGGCGGCGGGAUAUCGCAAGUCGCUGAGCAUAGACACUAAUACCGAGCACUUCAAUCCCGCACCGGCGCAGUCGCAAGAAGACAGUCUGGACUCUUCGAUUCCGUCGUCGGUCGCAGGGUUUGAGUACAAGGGACUUAACCGUCUGAGUAUGGUUCCGGAUGUGCGACUGGAGCCGCCGCAGUCGGCCGGCGCCGCGGACGAGCCGGCGAUGAACGAGGCAGACUCGCAGGAUGAGUACAAGCGAUCGUCAUUCGAGUCCGAACCUUACGAGCAGCGGUACAGCGAUUACUACGGCAACAGCACCAGCAACAACUACUCCUCCGAGCUGUCGCAUACCGAGGACAACGAGGGAACCACCGACACCGAGUCGCGCGCAGAGAGCUCGACGAUGUACAAUUACGACACCUACGAGCGCGCGCUCGCGACUGACAUCGACGUGCCGAUCCAGCACAACCUCGAAAACCUGAGUCUCAGCCGACCGCUCGACUCGUCCGUCAGCUCGUCCGAAGCAUCGAGCUUUGUCGAGCGCCCAGAGACCAGAGCCUCCGAGCAUCACGACAAGCGCGCCUCGUACGCCUUAUCACGUGCGCCGUACGAGCAAACGACGUCGAGUAGUGCGGGCGAAGGGGCAGGACUGGUUCAUUCGGGCGGACUGCUGUCGAUUCACGAGCGGAAUAUAUCGGUGAACUCUGUGAAAUCCGAGUCUGAGUUGCUGACCGAGCAUCUGCUAGAGACGCUGAAUGCGAAUCUCGAGCUGAAGUCGCGUGCGGAGGAUGGUGGGGUUGAUCCUGUGGCCGCGUCGUCGAUGGGGCUUGGGGGAUAUGAGGACGAUCAUAGUUCUUCGACAAGGACUGCGAUGCCGGGACGGCCGGAUACUGAGCCUCUGACGGAUGAUGAUGAUACAGAGGACGCGCCGUCGAGCGUCGCGCAUCUGUCGCCGAGGGUCACGGAAACCAGUGCUAAUCCAUACGAUCUGUCGCGGCGGCUGCAGGAAUCUGCAGAUACUGAAAGUGACGGAUAUGAGAAUCCUUACGCGAAUCCGUAUGAGAGCCGAUUCGAGCGGCCGACGCCGUAUGAAGAGACCACGAACCCGUACGAGACUGUGAGUCUUCGUGAGGGACUGAAGGGAUACGAGAGCACGAGCUCGUAUGAUCCUGCGACGAGGCCGCCAAUUCCCGAGACGCAUCCGGUUGAGAUCGACGAGGGAGAAGGAGCGAGCUCGGUACCAGAGCUGGCGGGUAGCGUGGACGGCGACGAGGAAGCCGAGAUGAGAUCGAUUGACGAGCCAGAGGAAGGCGAGGCGGAGGAAUACGAAGGGAGCACGAUGCAGAGCGAUUCCAACUCGAUUGCGUAUUCGGACGCGCACAGUUAUCCGCAGCAGUCGAACGACGAGCGGUCGCAGUCGUUUGAUUACGAGAUCAUCUCUGCGGCGGCGACGAUGCCGUUGUAUAACUUCAAGGAGUGCAUGAAGGAGAAGAAUAUAUCGAAGCGGCGGGAUAUGUUUGAGGCGGCGCGGACGAGGGAGCGCGAGUUUGACUCUGGGAUCCAGCAGUGGCUGAUGUAUAUGAAGGAGCAGCGUCAGGAUGUUGAGCCAUUUGCCGGCUUGAAGGUGCUAGGAGAUAACCGGACGUCGAGCGGGCUGCAUCGCAAGACGAGCGCGUUCCAGCACUCUGUGUCUACGUUCACGAACCGGCAUGUGCUGAACAGCAAGGCGGGCGAGAAGUCGGUUGAGAUGAUGGAGAAGAUCGGGGAGAAGAGCAAGGGGAUGCUGUUCAAGAAGCGGCUGUUUGGCAAGAAGGACAAGUGAAUGUAAUCAGACAGUGAGCGAGGAGUGUAUAUAUACCUGGUAUUUCUUCUUUAGUUGUUGUAAGAUAGUGUUAAUUGAGUGAAUUCCGGCCGGGUAAAUCUUCCGCACGUGUCGGAUCCGAACUCGAUCUGCUCCCAGCGCGCUCAGCGAUCCAGCGGCCCGUCUUCUUCUUCCUCUCCG